GUAAAGGACCCUACGGCCGUAGAAAGAGCGAAUUUACUGAACAUGGCAAAAUUGAGUAUCAAAGGACUCAUUGAAUCAGCCUUGAGCUUUGGCCGCACUCUGGAUUCUGACUACCCACCUUUGCAGCAGUUCUUUGUUGUCAUGGAGCACUGCCUGAAGCACGGCCUGAAAGUAAGAAAAUCCUUUUUAAGUUACAAUAAAACCAUCUGGGGUCCUCUGGAACUUGUGGAGAAAUUAUAUCCAGAAGCUGAGGAAAUAGCAGCAAGUGUCAGAGAUUUGCCUGGCCUUAAAACACCACUGGGCCGUGCCCGGGCCUGGUUACGGUUGGCACUAAUGCAGAAGAAAAUGGCUGACUAUCUUCGCUGUUUAAUCAUUCAGAGAGAUCUUCUCAGUGAAUUUUAUGAGUAUCAUGCACUAAUGAUGGAGGAAGAAGGAGCAGUUAUUGUUGGGCUGUUAGUUGGGUUAAAUGUGAUAGAUGCUAACUUGUGUGUGAAGGGAGAAGACCUAGAUUCACAAGUUGGCGUGAUCGAUUUCUCUAUGUAUUUAAAGAGUGAUGAUGACAUUGGGGGUAAGGAAAGAGAUGUACAGAUUGCUGUAAUUUUGGACCAAAAGAAUUAUGUUGAAGAACUAAACAGACAACUGAAUAGCACAGUUAGCAGUCUACAUGCGAGAGUUGAUUCACUAGAGAAAUCAAACACUAAACUGAUCGAAGAGUUAGCAAUAGCCAAAAACAAUAUAAUUAAACUUCAGGAAGAAAACCAUCAAUUAAGGAGUGAAAAUACCCUUAUUUUAAUGAAAACACAGCAUCAUCUAGAGGCAACUAAAGUGGAUGUUGAAGCAGAACUUCAGACGUACAAACACUCCAGGCAGGGUUUAGAUGAGAUGUACAAUGAAGCACGUAGACAGCUUCGAGAAGAAUCACAACUACGACAAGAUAUGGAGAAUGAGCUAGUGGCCCAAGUCAGUAUGAAACAUGAGAUAGAACUUGCCAUGAAGUUGCUGGAGAAGGACAUCCAUGAAAAGCAGGAUACCCUCAUUGGCCUUCGGCAGCAGCUCGAUGAAGUUAAAGCAAUUAACAUGGAAAUGUACCAAAAGCUGCAGGUUUCUGAAGAUGCUAUGAAGGAAAAGAAUGAAAUAAUUGGUCGCUUAGAGGAUAAGACUAACCAAAUAAAUGCGACUAUGAAACAACUGGAACAAAGAUUGCAGCAAGCAGAGAAGGCUCAAAUGGAGGCUGAGACUGAGGAUGAGAAACUUAAGCAGGAAUAUGUGAAUAAAUCUGAAAGUCUGCAGAAAGAAUUCUCCCAGAAGGAGAAACAGCUACUUCAGCUGGAAACAGAUUUGAAGAUAGAAAAAGAGUGGCGCCAGACCUUGGAGGAUGACCUGCAGAAGGAAAAGGAAACUGUGUCUCAUCUGAGAGUAGAGACCCAAGAAAUAAUUAACGUUAAAAAAGAGUUCCUUAAAAUUCAGGAAAAGAACAAGCAACUGAAAAGGAUAUGUCAAGACCAAGAAGCUGCUCUUGAAGAACUGGCAUCCAAACUGAGCGAAUCAAAGCUGAAAAUUGAAGAUAUAAAAGAAGCGAACAAAGCGUUGCAGGGCCAGGUUUGGUUGAAGGACAAAGAGGCCACACAUUGCAAGUUAUGUGAAAAGGAAUUUUCCCUUUCCAAAAGGAAGCAUCAUUGUAGGAACUGUGGUGAGAUCUUCUGCAAUGCCUGUUCUGACAACGAGCUGCCUCUGCCUUCUUCGCCGAAGCCUGUUCGGGUCUGCGAUUCCUGCCACGCAAUACUUAUACAGAGGUGCUCUUCUAAUGUGCCAUAA